UUUGCCAGCAGCCUGCACUCUCAGAAAUCAGACUCAAGUGACUAGGACUCUUGAGAUCAAAGUCUUACCAUGCUACUCCCCAGGACAGCCAGGGACUGCUGACGUGACCAUCGGACAGUGAUCUGUGGUUCGUAUAGUUACCAAAAAGAAUGGAUAAGCUUAAUAAAAUAACUGUCCCCGCCAGUCAGAAGUUGAGGCAGCUUCAAAAAAUGGUCCAUGAUAUCAAGAACAAUGAAGGUGGAAUAAUGAACAAGAUCAAAAAGCUGAAAGUCAAAGCACCUCCAAGUGUUCCGCGAAGGGACUAUGCCUCAGAGAGGCCCGCUGACGAAGAGGAGCAGUGGUCAGAUGACUUUUCAGCUUGCUGUGCCGGAGGGGCUGCAAGGACUCCAGACUCCUCCCCGGGAUGCACACUGAUCCUCAGCCUCCAGGACAGCGAUUAUGAAAACCCAGAUGAGCACUCCGACUCGGAAAUGUAUGUGCUGCCGGCCGAGGAGCCCGGGGACGACAGCUACGAGCCACCACCCGCCGAGCAGGAGACUCGGCCGGUUCACCGGGCCCUGCCCUUCGCCAGGGGCGAGUACGUAGACAAUCGAUCAAGCCAGAGGCAGUCUCCGCCCUCCAGCAAGACCCUUCCCAGUAAACCCAACUGGCCUUCGGCAAAGGCAAGGCAGGCCACCACUCUGCCAGCCUCGACUUCUCUGCAUAAACCUCAAGUCCCACCCAGACCCAAAGAGCUCCUUGAGGAUGAGGCUGAUUAUGUGGUCCCCGUGGAAGAUGCAGAUGAAAACUAUAUUCAUCCCACAGAAGACAGUUCACUCCCAUCUGAAAAAGCUCCCAUGGUUAAUAGAUCAAUCAAGCCAAAUAACUCUUCAAAGCCAGCCUCACCUCCAGGGACAACUUCAGGUCGAAAGAGCGGGGCCUGGGACUCUAAAUCAACCUCUUCACCUGCUGCGCCAUCCCCACUGCCCAGGGCUGGGAAAAAAACAGCUACGCCACUGAAGACGACUCCAGUUGUCUCUCAACAGAAUGCCUCAAGUGUUUGUGAAGAAAAACCUAUACCUGCUGAACGCCACCGAGGGUCUAGUCACAGACAAGAAAAUAUGCAGUCACAAGUUUUUCCUCCUCCUGCCCAGAAACCAAUUCAUCAAAAACCCAUACCUCUGCCAAGAUUUCCAGAAGGGGGAAGCCCAACUGUGGAUGGCCCAUUACCCAGCUUUUCAUCUAAUUCCAAUUUGUCAGAACAGGAAGCUGACGUUCACUGUAAACCAUGGUACGCUGGUGCUUGCGAUCGAAAGUCGGCCGAAGAGGCAUUAUACAGAUCAAACAAGGAUGGAUCAUUUCUUAUUCGGAAAAGCUCUGGCCAUGAUUCCAAACAGCCAUAUACACUAGUUGUAUUUUUUAAUAAGCGAGUAUAUAAUAUCCCUGUGCGAUUUAUUGAAGCAACAAAACAGUAUGCUUUGGGCAGAAAGAAAACUGGUGAAGAGUACUUUGGAAGUGUUGCUGAAAUCAUCAAGAAUCAUCAACACAGUCCCCUGGUUCUUAUUGACAGUCAGAAUAACACAAAAGAUUCGACAAGACUGAAAUAUGCAGUUAAUGUUUCAUAAAUUAAAAAAAAAUUUUUAAAGGAAGUCAACAUCAUUGCUUCAGACAUUUUACCUACUUCUACUUUUGAGGAAAAAGUCCAAAAACUUCAUAUUUUGGAUUAUGAAUCGUCCAGUAAUAAAAUAGAAGAUGAGGAAGCUGUUGAGGUGGUCAUCGAUUUCCUUAUAAGAAGCUCACAUGGACAUGUUCUGUUGCCUGACUUGAUGAACUGUUAAUAUCUGGUGAGGCUGAGAAUAUGCUACUAAUAUUCUCCAAAUAAAUGUCUUUAUUUAAAAAAACAGGUGUAAAGUAUUUUCAGUCAUGUAAGAAAAUAACACUCUACUUCCAAAAUAAGAAAAUUAUACUCUUGGAUAAAACAAAGCUGCUGAAAAUUUAGACCACCACAAUGGUCCUAGUGCCCCAGUGUAACUAGGACGUCUACUGUCAGUGCUUGACAAUUGCCUUGGUUAAAAUUUUAAUGUGUAGAAAAUUAAAUAUAGAUAAUAUAUGAUAUUUAUAAAUACAGAUAAGGGGGAUGUAAUGGUUCCUUUUUGUGAGCUCCCAACCAUGGGAGAUGUAUACAGAUAUGAACUUUCUUAUCCAUGAUUAUAUUGUUAGCUUUGCUUAUUAAAUAUAAUUAUACCCUCUUUGAUCUGCAUGUCUAUUAAAUGGACCCUAAAUUUGAUAUGAGGUUCAGAGUGGGAUGAGAGCAAAACUAGAUUAAAAGCCUAGGGAAACAGCCCACAGAACAGGGGCAGAAAAGCAGACAUUGAUGAACACUCAGGAAUAAAAGAGAUACCAUUGUGAGCAGCCAUAUCCAAGGUCUUAGGUUGUCCCAGCAAUGUAUUACACUUUGUCAUAUCAAAGCUUUUUAUUCUACUGUGUACUUUAGACAGCACUGAAAUGAUAAAGCAGCUAAUUAAGAUAAAUCUAAUAAUUAAAUGAGGAAUGCACUUGAUCGCUGAGUAAGACAGCAAUCUGAAAGGAUUUUGAAAUUCUAGAAGGUUAUGAACUCACAAACUCACUUAUAAAAAUAACUGUAUUCUUAAAUGUCAUAAUACCCCCCUUUCACUUUUAUAUA